AUGGGCAAAAAGAGCCGUCGUACAAAGCAGAAAGCACCAGCGCGCCAACAAAAUGAGCAGCAAGUAGGAAGAUCGCCAGCCUCUCAGGCGCAGGAAUACAGAGUACCGAGAGUCGAACCUGUGCUUCUGCCGUUCGUCACAGAUUCUCUCGUCGGAACUGUUCUCGAAAGGGGUGGGGUUCCUGAGAACCUCAACUCCUUCGAAGCACUCCAAGGAUAUCUCAAGCAAAUUUUCACCGCUCCUGUCGACCUUUUACCUUUUCUUCAAGCUCUCGCCGAAGGCCUUGAGAAAGGGCCACCACUUAUCAACAGAUCAACUCAGCUUUCGCUAGCAAUUGGCAACAUUAUGCCACUCCUGCAUUGGGUUUGUCAAUUUGAAUUCUUGAAUGCUCAGUAUGGAUGCUACUUUUCUGAUGGUAUGGUGGAACUGGUGUUGAACGCGGGAGGUUCUUUCCAAUCAGACAAAUGCACUCUUUUUUGCUGUCAAGUAUACCUCCCUGAAGUCUGUGAAUUUGUUGCUCCAAGCUGGUGCAAACAUCAACCAACUCGAUCAUUUUGGUCGGACUUGUCUCUACAAUGCCAUGGAGCAUCCGAAACCCCAGGUGAUCUACCCAUAUCUUGGGUGGGCUUGGGACCACCUACGAUUGAUGAUGUCAGAGAAACCUUCAUGCUGCUACGACAGAAAGGCGUUCGUCUUGCAGGUAGUUUUUCGACGACAACACUCUCAGUGUCCAUUGGCAACCCGACACAUCCUGAUAUUCGAGAUCCUAUAAUGUUGCAAAAGCUGGCCGAAGAUCUAGUGGGAUUGCACGUUCCGAAAGGGUACAAGUUCAAGCAGGAGGAUGCCAAUUUGAUCGAAAUACUUUCGCUGGAAGCGGAAUCGGAGAACGAUACAUGCCCGAUCUGUCUCAAAGGUGUCAAAAGGGGUGUCACUCUAUACUGUGAUCAUAGAUUCUGCAAGGAAUGUAUUUUGGAGUACGGAAAGGUCAACAUUGCGUGUCCUUUGUGUCAAGCACAACUUUGUACCGAAGUGUCCCCAAAUAGCAGACGCGGCCUUUACCACAAUCUCCUCGGGAUCGAUGAAAUGGCUAGUAAAAGACGAGGCCCAAGAUUCUUUACUAAUGAACAAGUGAUCGCAGAGGCCAAAGCGCAAGGAAUUUACAACCUGUCUUCAUCUUCUGAGUCCCUUCGGGAGCAGUUGGAAACCUGGCUAUCAAAGGGCAUCCAGAGCUCUCAGCAGAUGGUACCACUGGGCUUUUCUGCCGGUGAAGGACCGCACGGAAGGUUGGAGGGUCGAGGAAGAAUCAAGCUGGAACUCGCCAGCAAUACUACUAUGUUGACCGGCAGUCCUCCCUCUGCUUUAUCAAUGUGUCCGAAAUUCGGGAUGAAGAACAUUGAAGUGUCCAUUAACGACGUACCUCUCGUUGCCCGGAUCUCCAACCAAAGCCUUUACACGAUGUUUUCAAGGGCAAUAGUUGAUCAAUUAGGCCUCAAACGCAUUCAUAAACUCAAAUCCAAGAAGUUUGUUGGCUUUGACACGAAGAAGUUGAAAAACAAGACUUUUACAUGUCUCGAGCCUGUGAAAAUAUGCCUCCAGGGGAUUGCAGUGACACUUCGUAAUGCCAUUGAAGUUUCUCCAAGCCCAUCAGACUUCAUGUUGACAGUACAGCUUGGUCUAGACUUUCUCCGUUCUGGACUCCUUAGCGUCGUUGACGUUGAAGGUGACAUGGAAGUUGGCGAUGAAGAAGAGGGGGGAAAUUAUUUUCGAGUAGUCGGGGAGGACUCGUGGACAAUCCUCUCGCAGGUUUCUAGAGAAUCCUUUCGAUUCUACUCACAUGAUGGCAAGAUGGCAGACCUUCCCUUGAUCACCUUUGAUCCCUUCAUGGGGACGGCAGAUCGCCAUAUUGCGACCAUUUCAGUGAAAGCAAGCACUAGCUUUGCACAAUGUAAUUGGUGUUGUCGGAUGUUCCCAGAGGGAAUGUCGGAAUGUUCAAACUGUUCGGAAUGCUUUUACUGUGAUGAACGGUGCCAAAACGCGGCGUGGAAGAUCCAUAAGCUUAAUUGUGGGGUAAGCUCUAAUGCUGAAACGAAAACUUAA